GCUGCUAGCACGUACAACGCACAUUUUAGAAGAGUUAGAAAGAGAUAAUGCUGAGGCACCAACUGAACUAGUGGGACAGCUCCGAGUGACCCGCAGUCGACGGAUUGAUCUAGUUUUAGUAUAUUUACAGUUUUCAUGUAUAUGCAUAUAUAUAUCCCGCUCCCUUGAAAAAAAAACCAAUGAUAAUACCGUAAAUGUACUUAGUUUUUCUAAUUUUUUAAGUGAUCGUGAAUGUAAUUUGGGUGGUGAGUGAAGUUGGUUUUUUUGAAAAUUAUUGUGUGGUUGGCGGCGAUGCCGCGCUGCCCUGUAGUCCAUGGCCAUGCCUCCUUCAGCCAACGAGCAUCCGAUCGGUGCGACCGUCAAUUACACCACCAUGGCAGCUCUUGUGCGCCUUAAACGGGGAAGCGUACAGUUAAGACAUGCUGCACGUGAAGUAAGAGCUGCAGUUCGAGCUCGGCACAUAGUCGCGGCCCUCGUAGCCAUCGGCUUCGCACUAUGCGGUGCCGUCGAGACGAGCUCCUCGGUCGCUCUACUAGCCAACCUGCCGGAUAAUUACGCGACUGAUACCUCCUGGCACUGUGACAUGCUCGUUAAUGUAUCGAGCCGUAACCGUACGGAGGACCCAGAAGUCAUUCUUAUGGAACUACCCCCGGAGGAGCGUGCCGAAUCGAUAAUGCGUGAGGCCUUUCUCUGGGGACAGGUCGCGGGACCGAUAUUGGGAGGCUGUCUUGUUUGGGGCAAGUCAGGGCCCUCGGCAGUUUUCUCCAGAGCUGUGCUGUGCGCGUGUUUGGCUCUACUACUGGUGCCGGCUGCCUGGAGGGGACCUUCUCACGUGGCGCUUAGGCUGUUUCAGGGACUUUGCACGGGUGCGACUAUGCCCGCCGCCCACAUGCUUGCUAUGACGUGGUUCAAGAGUGCCCAUCGAAGUUGGUACUUUGGCUGUUACGCAGCUGUAAGCGUAGGCUAUUGUUUAACCGGCUGGCUUGGGACUGCGGCGGUUCGAGCUUUUGGGAGGGACUCACUCUGCUACGGUCUCACUAUUAUCACAUUGAGCUGGUAUUUCACGUUUGGCCGCUUCGUCAAAGAUACUCCCAAGUCUUAUCAGCACGAUACUAAUGCAGCUGUAAUACCAUGGGGAAAGUUGCUAAGAUCUGUUCCGGUUUGGGCAUCAGCCGUUGCAACGAUGGGCAAUCAAUGGGGUGAUGCUACUCUUGCUCUCGGAAUGACGAAGUACCUCAAACUCAUUUAUGGGUUUUCCACAGCUAAUGAUUCCGUGUUGACGACGCUACCGCACAUCGGGCACUUCAUGGCGGCACUUGCUUGUGCUUUGCUUGUUGAUCACGUGCGUGAAUCUAAAAUAGUAUCUACGACCACAGCGAGGAAGCUUGUUGUCUACACCGCGCAUUUCAUACCGGCUGCUUUACUAUUCGUCGCAGGCUACGCAGGCUGUCAAGCGAUGGCCGCGGCUUGGCUGGGCAUUGCAGCUCUUGUGGUGAGCGGUACGGCCCCGGCUGGUGCUUUAGCUGCUAUAGCUGACCUCGCGCCUAUCGAGUCACCCGCAUGUGCUGCAGCAGCUUGUGCUCUGUGCUCGACCCUUGGAGCGGCUGGUCUCUUGGCUGCCAAUUACUUUGUGACCCAGGCACUGCGUGGAUCUGUGAGUAUCGGCAAUAUGCGCAUUGGAUUGGAAUUCGCGUUAAAAUGGCACCGGAAGAUUAAACAAGGAGAAUGGAACAUAGUGAUCGCAGGGUCGUGGCGUUUGGUGUUUGGCGUAGCCUCAAUUGUCUUGCUUAUAACAGCAGCCGUAUUUCUGGCUUUUGGGAAGGGUUCACCCCAGCCCUGGAUUCCAUCGGUAGCACGACCAUGCAGUCAUGACAUUAUUUACGAACAAGAUGUGCUUGAGCUAGACUAUGAGGAUGUUGGUGUACAAACCGAGCCUUUCCCUUACGAGUCUGAAGAAACUGAGGAACAGAACGUCAAGGAAGAGCAGAAGGAGCCACCUUUGAUGCAGUCAACUAUCUCUAUCAUUAAUGAAUAAUGGUACCAGUGAUACAAAAGUUACUAUUUACCAAUAUUUUUUGAAUUAAUGAUAAUUUAUUUCUAAUCUGAUUGAUUUUAACGUGUAUCAGUUGUUGAUCAUUAGAAAUUAAAAUGUCGGUUUGUAUAGUUUUAUAUAGAUGGAUUUUUUUUUUUUUUUUUUUGUAACAAGAAAGAGAUUUGAACUCAUGUAAAAUCAUUAAAAAAUGAUUUCGAAAGUGAAAAAAAAAAAUGAAAUAGUUUAAUAAGUACCUGUGUGUAAAUAUACUAAUUAACUACUGUA